CGGCGCCCGGGCUCGGAGCCGCCUCCCCGGCAGGACGCGGCGCAGGGCAGCGCAUCCCGCAGCCCCGGCAGGACGCGGCCGCCGCCCGUGCGCCCCCGGCCCGCGCCCUCCCCGUGCGCCCGAGCCCGGUCCCACUUCAGCAAAAAACGUGAGAAUUUAAAAACUGAGAUUUCUCUAAAAUGUCGUACAGACAGGAAUUGGAGAAAUACCGCGAUCUGGAUGAGGAUAAGAUCCUUAGUGCAUUGACAGAAGAAGAGCUCAGGACACUGGAGAAUGAACUGGAGGAGCUAGACCCUGAUAAUGACCUGCUGCCUGUGGGACUCAGACAGAGAGACCAGACCAAAAAGACACCAACUGGCCCAUUCAAAAGGGAUGAGCUUCUGGACCACCUAGAAAAGCAGGCGAAAGAUAUGAAAGAUCGAGAAGACCUGGUCCCUUUCACAGGAGAAAAGAGAGGAAAAGUCUGGGUCCCCAAGCAGAAGCCAAUCGAUCCUGUUUUGGAAAGAGUAACACUGGAGCCAGAGCUGGAGGAAGCCCUGGCUAAUGCAUCUGAUGCAGAACUCUGCGACAUUGCUGCCAUCCUUGGCAUGCAUACAUUGAUGAGUAACCAGCAGUACUACGAGGCACUGGGGAGCACCACUAUAGUUAACAAGGAAGGCCUGAACAGUGUGAUUAAGCCCACGCAGUAUAAACCAGUUCCCGAUGAAGAACCCAAUUCAACAGAUGUAGAAGAAACUUUGGAACGAGUAAAGAACAAUGACCCUAAACUUGAGGAAGUCAACCUUAAUAAUAUUAGGAAUAUUCCCAUACCAACUUUAAAAGCAUACGCUGAAGCACUGAAGAAUAAUUCCUAUGUAAAGAAGUUAAGCAUAGUAGGAACAAGAAGCAAUGACCCGGUAGCCUAUGCACUGGCAGAAAUGUUAAAAGCCAAUGGUGUAUUGAAGAGCUUGAAUGUGGAAUCCAACUUCAUUUCUGGGUCCGGGAUCCUGGCUCUGAUCGAAGCACUCCAGCACAAUACUUCACUGAUCGAGCUCAAAAUUGACAACCAGAGCCAGCCGCUGGGCAACAAGGUGGAAAUGGAGAUUGCAAACAUGUUAGAAAAAAAUAGCUCCCUUUUGAAGUUCGGGUAUCACUUUACACAGCAAGGUCCCCGGCUUCGUGCAUCUAACGCCAUGAUGAACAACAACGACCUGGCUCGUAUACGUCGCUCUGACGGCCCCUGGCAUAACUUCUCAGCUCUGCAACUGGACGAUGUAUAAUGAGGAAGAGGAGACUUGCAGACUUGAAUGGGCCUUUCUAUCCCAAGUGCCGAACCGGGGUGUAGUUCCCGGCUGUGAGGCUCGUGCCUGGUGGUUUGUGCUAUACCCUGGAAAUCCGAAGGCAAAGUGCCUGCACAAAACGUCUGUGGUGCCUCAGUUCUGUGUUGCAUAAUUAUGCACUAAAGGUUUAAAUUAACUAGUGAUUGUAGGUGACGAUUUGAUCAAAUAUGAUUAAUGAUGUUUUCUUUAGAGUCAAGCUGAGUCAAUCCAGUUACGAGUUGCCAAUUUUAAGCAGUCUCGGUUUAGAAUACAUCACAGCACAAACGUGACUGUUAAUUCACCCAUGACUUAAUUUCUCUUAGGAUUUCCUGUGUGGUGUUUCAGAUAUAUUUACGAUGUGUUAUGCAUGAUUGGAAAAAUUACUGCUCUACACAAGUUGCAUAAGUAUUUAAAAAAAUACUUUAUUUUUUCAACUUGCUUUCCUGUUUGACAAGCAUUUCUACUCUCCCACCACAUUGCUACUAUCCCUUUUAAGGACUUGUAAAUUACAAUUAAUUACCAACAUUUGCUGACUUUAUUUGCAGACAGGAUGUCAAAACCACCCAUAUUUUUUCCCCAAAAGAAUUCCUGUCUUUUUUACUCCCCCCGCCCCCAAAUGAAAAGAACGUAAGGCCACUGAUUAUAAAGUAAUGGCUCCAUAAAAACAGAGUAGUAGGUAUUAGAUGAGACGUUAAAAUCAUCUUCUCUCCUUUCCCAUGGAUAUGUAAAACCAUUGCUGUUUAAGAGAUUAGGAAUGAAAUCCUGACUCCACUGAAGUCAGGAGCAAACUCUCAUUGAUUUCCCCCUGAAUUUUCUCUUGGAAAUGUGCCCCAUGUGCUUUUACUCGGUCUGGUAAUGAGUGUGCUGGAGCCCUCACUUGUAAUUCUGGUUUUCUGGCUGGAUGAUCUAUCUGCAAAACUUCUUGUUCUGCUAGAAAUUUUAUUUUACCAACAUCCCAAAUUUCUAAGUAGGGCACCCUAAUAAAGAAAUUACUUGAAAAUACCCUGCCUGGGAAUCCAUGUAGUCCAGGAUGCCAUUUGAGUAGAGUUGAAUAAACACACCAGGCAACUGGGUUUGUGUGGUGAUAAAAACCCACUGCCUUUCUAGGGAGGAAUUUCCAGCAGCCACAUGCAGCCUCUGAUCAUGCAGUGGGUUCAUCACCUGCAGGCCAUUUAUACCCACACCAACUCCCAUUGACUCCAGUGGGAGCCUGGUCUGCACAGCGUGAAGUCUGCCCAUGCAGACCCAUUGCCAGCGGGGGGCCUUUGUUUAUACCCCUAAAGAAUCCAUCCUAGCCAUCUUUUUCACGUAAUAAACAACCUUCUGCCUGCUGCUGUUCCCCGUGGAGUUCUGCAGUCUGUGCAUUGUGUAGUGCAGCAAAACUGCCACUAAUUUCAACAGAAUUUUUGCAUGAAUCAGGAGUCAGGCUUUGGCCCUGAUUUGCUCUCUCUGAAUAUUACAUUUUAACCUUGAGUGGGAAAUACAAACAUGUUUGAUUGUUGUAAUAAAUGUGUCAGAAAUGACAAAUAAAAGGUGUCAGUGCAAUUUUUUGUAAAAUCCCAUACAAAAGAUUAGAAAAUACUGAAAAACCAGAAAGGGGCAUGAUUAGCGUAAUGCCAGAUGGACAGCGCUAUUCCCACCCGACACCUCCCAAAGGCUUUAGAAAAAUCAAUGAAAACAUCAGUCCAGAUUCCACUUGAUAGCUAACGGCAGAGUUGUCUGCUCAGAUUUGCCCAGAACUAACUCAGCAUCAGUGUCUGCUCUCCCACUGACUCAGAGGAAUGGAAAUUGUUCUCCCCCUGGUAAAUGCUGCUCGCCCUGAUGCCCAAGGGGAAUCUGGGUGUGUGGGGACAGUGCAGAAUGCUCUGAAGGGGACCCUGAUGUGAAGACCUGAGAGGAUUUUACGCUACAUGAAAAUAAAAUAGUCCUUAAAAAAAGCAAUAACCUUUCUCUUUUUCAUGCUGUAGUAGCAUCUAAACUGCCCUGGCAGUUGAAACAUAUUGUGGGAUGACUCUGGGCAUGUGUGUGAAAGUCACACUCAUGCUGGUGAGCCCUCACUCACCGAGUAGUGGCUGUGCUGGAAUUACAUGGGUAAGUGAGCAAGCACUUACCAAGCAGAGCAAGGAGUGGCACAGUUGCCUGGGGAGAAGCAUCAGGCUCUGUACCAGCUGUCCUGUCGAGCUGUAAUAACGAUGAAGGGUCACGAGCGCUUGAGGAAAAGGGGAUUCCCUCCCUACAGCGAGCACCGUGCCUGCUAGUGCGCAGACUCUCCUGCGUGGAACUGCUGAGACAUGGAACUAAUGGACCGCCUCAGAGAAGUCACAGCCGUUGUGCUGAGUCAGCUAAACGGCGAGUCGGCGUUUCACGUUGUGUCAGAGUGGUUCUUUGGGUGUCGCUAACAAAGACCAGCACACGGCCAGACCCCAGGGGUUGCCUACUCACUAACCCUUAGAAUAUGGAGGACAUGGAGUGUACUUGCCUUCUAUGCUGGAAAUGAGUGAAAUAGUCAUGGGGGCAGCUGCCCCCUCUUACCUCCUGCUCCUUCCCCUUCCAGAACAGCAAACCACCCCAGUCUUCUGCUCCUCCUCCACAAAGCACUGGAACCACCUCACCCCCGGCAUAAAGGAGCCUAUUGCUUGUCCUGCCUUGUAGCGGGUCUGAGCCUACGUCCUACUCGGCACUGGUCCAGCCUCCUUAGCCACUGCCUGCCCACCUGGCCAUCCCACCCCCGGCAUGGCUAAUGGGGAGACUUUCUCAACACUAGGGGAGCAGAACCCAGUGGGGUUUGGGGGUAGAGCCCCUCCUAGGGGCCAGAAAGUCUCCGUAGACCAGCACCUGGCUAGCAGGCUGCUUGCUUAGGAAUGAGCUGAAACCCAGCUGCCAUUCACUGGGGCACUAACAGGUUUCCAAAGGGUUAAGGGCAGCCCACGCACUGAUGAAGAGCGUUUAUACAGCUUUGUGGCAGCAUCAAGGAUGACGUGUCACCCUGUCACAUUUAGAAGUUCAUGCUAACAUGCAGUUGACACCGUUUCCCAUUCUGUACUGAAAACGGACCUGGCCAGGGCCUUUCAUGGGGGUUACAGGACGGUAAUCUAGCCGGUAGGUUUGUCGGCUGGUUGGGGGUUUUAAAA